AUGACCACAUCAACUCCAAUCUUGACCCACAUCAAACAGUGCUUGAUUCACCACACACCACGGUUCUUAUUUCCCCGACCAACCUCGAGCCUUCAUCACCUCUUCCACCAAAUCUUAUCUCUCCCACCCUCGAGCCUCCCUUACCCACCUCAAGCCUUCCCAUUGCACCUGCCACCACCAAUACACCACUUGAACCUGUCACUUCCAACACCUCUCUUCCUCAACCAUCUGCACCACCCAUUUCUCACCAAGCCCUACUUCGCCACUCUACUCGUCUCACCAAACCACCUGCUCACUUCAAAGAUUAUGUGGCUCAUCACUCAACCUUGCUCACGCCCACGAAGGCCCCAUUGCAAUCCAUGUUUAGCACUCGCCAUCCACUGCGUCGAUCUUGGACCUUUGAAGUAUUUCCUUGGAGUCGAGGUCGCACGUUCGAAAGCUGGAAUCACAAUUUGCCAACUGAAAUAUACACUGGACAUAUUAGAGGAGGCUGGAUUACUUGGUGCUAAACCCACGAAGGUUCCAAUGGAGGCAGAUUUGGUACUAACACUUGCAGGUAGUAGUUCACUUCACGAACCUGCAAGGUAUAGACGCUUAGUUGGAAAAUUGAUCUAUUUGACCAUCAUAAGAACAGAAAUAACAUAUACUGUCAACACAUUGAGUCAGUUCAUGCAAGAUCCACAACGACGUCAUCUUGAUGUAACGUAUCGACUUCUUCGAUACCUCAAAGGAGCUCCUGGACAAGAUUGGGCUCGUUGCCCCAUUACAUGUCGAUCAGUGACUGGUUAUUGUAUCUUCCUUGGAAACUCGUUGGUGUCCUGGAAAAGCAAGAAGCAAGUUACAGUAGCUCGUUCAUCCGCAGAAGCGGAGUAUCGGUCUGUGGCCAUAGCUACUUGUGAAUUAAGUUGGUUGCGAUAUUUAUUGGAAGAUUUGCGUGUUAAGCAUCCCUAA